UGAAAGAAGACUUCAUUYGCAGGCGUGUACUGUAUUUCAGAUUGCCAUAUGCAAUGGACACUGAUCUCAGCUCCCAGGACAGGAAGGACCUGGACAAGUUCAUCAAAUUUUUUGCUCUCAAGACGGUACAAGUAAUUGUCCAGGCCCGACUUGGAGAGAAAAUCUGUACCCGAUCCUCCUCGUCCCCAACAGGCUCUGACUGGUUCAAUUUGGCAAUCAAAGACAUACCCGAGGUUACUCAUGAAGCAAAGAAAGCCUUGGCAGGACAGCUACCUGCUGUUGGACGGUCGAUGUGUGUGGAGAUCUCUCUCAAAACCUCAGAGGGAGAUUCCAUGGAGCUGGAAAUCUGGUGUCUAGAAAUGAAUGAGAAGUGCGACAAAGAAAUCAAAGUUUCAUACACUGUAUACAACAGGCUGUCUCUGCUGCUGAAAUCUUUACUUGCUAUAACCAGGGUAACUCCAGCCUACAGACUCUCAAGGAAACAAGGCCAUGAAUAUGUAAUACUGUACAGGAUAUAUUUUGGAGAAGUGCAGCUGAGUGGCUUGGGAGAAGGCUUCCAGACAGUCCGUGUUGGGACAGUGGGUACUCCAGUGGGCACCAUCACUUUGUCUUGUGCCUACAGAAUCAACCUUGCCUUCAUGUCAACCAGGCAGUUUGAGAGGACCCCUCCUAUCAUGGGCAUUAUCAUUGAUCACUUUGUGGACCGUCCCUAUCCCAGCUCUUCGCCCAUGCAUCCCUGCAAUUACAGAGCUGGGGAGGACAAUGGUGCAGUGUACCCCUCGGUGGAAGAUUCCCAAGAAGUUUGUACGACAUCUUUCUCCACCUCUCCUCCAUCUCAGUGUGUUUUUACUGUCACAAAGGCACAUUUUCAGACCCCUCCUCCUGUGGUGACGGACACCUUGAAGGUCCCAGUGAUGGGACUGGCCUUUUCACAUCAACUUUCCAGCUCUCGUCUUUCCUAUCAGCCUGCUGCCCUGGCAGUUGGAUCGGCUGACGUGGGGUAUCCUGUACUCUUUGCUGGUGGCUUGACUGCUGCACACCCUCACCAGUUGAUUGCUCCAGGAAAAGAAGGGGGGGUGCCCCCGCUUCCUAGCCAGCCAGCGCAUGGCACUCAAGCUGACCAAGAAAGGAUAUGCACCCCACUGGAUGGGGCCCACUACUCAGCAGUUACUCCUUCUAGUAGUGAGGACACAGAAACAGUAUCCAACAGCAGCGAAGGGAAGUGUGGCUCCCCCCACGACCUUCUGGAAACMGUCUUUGUCCGGAAGGUGGGAGCUUUUGUCAACAAGCCCAUUAACCAGGUAACCAUGGCCAACUUAGACAUUCCUUUUGCCAUGUUUGCUCCCAAGAAUGUUGAGCUCGAAGAUAACGACCCCAUGCAGGUGAAUCCUCCCGACUCCCCCGAAACUGAAUCUCCUCUACAAGGCAGCUUACACUCAGAGGGCUCCAGUGGCAGCAGCACAGGGAACACCCACGAUGACUUUGUUAUGAUUGACUUUAAACCAGCAUUUUCAAAAGAUGACAUUCUUCCAAUGGACCUGGGGACAUUUUACCGUGAGUUUCAGAACCCACCUCAACUCAGCAGCCUCUCAAUUGACAUUGGAGCUCAGUCCAUGGCAGAGGAUUUGGACUCCUUACCAGAGAAGCUUGCAGUCCACGAGAAAAACGUCAAAGAGUUUGAUGCCUUCGUAGAGACCUUGCAGUGAAGCUGUUUUCCCAUUUUGCUGCAGCGGUUCUUCUUCCUGAAGGCAUCCUGGAGAAUAAUGGCAACAAGUAUCUCUGUUUUCAGCCCCACUCUGCCUUUUGUCUCCUUUAACCAUUUCCUUCCAUCGAUGAGCUCUGUUUGAUCGCUGUCUUCAGCAGAGAUGCAGCUCAUCUGCCAGUUUUCCUCAGCUACCCCCCUGUGUAGAUCUGGACUGCUUUUCCUGUCACAUUCAGGUGUGAGUCUGUGAAUUUAACGGGGACACAGGAAGUCAAACUGCAACGUAGAAAACUCAUUUUCCUUUCGGCCUCUUGUCUGCGUGGAGGGGUUUGUGAAAAGCUGCCGGUCGCUUCCURCCGAGGCCCUGCAGUUUGAUUGCUCCAGACAGAGCUUCUUGCUAACUGACUGUUUUCCCUACAGUCUUCAGUCCUGUUAGAGCAUAGAAAGCCUUGGCUCGUUUCCAGGUCUGUGAGUUCAGCAGCKUCAGCAGUUCCAAGCCUAGGACGUGCGUCCUGCAGAGUGGGGCGUUUGGUCCCCACCUCAGCGCGAGUGCCUGGCGCACAGCGAGGCGCUGGGACCGGUGCCACACAGAGUCCCCCUUGGUUCUUGCUUGCGAGGAACUGGCUCUCUCUGUGGUCUUUUUCUGUGAGGCCUUCUCCACGUUUGUCAGAUAAGCAGGAGGGAAACUCCGGGAGCGCUUUCCAUGUUUCCCCCCCUUCCUGAGUGUAUGGAAACUGCCAUGCUGAGUUCACCAGUGCUGACAUUGUUGACAGUCCUGCGAGUAGCAGCUGGGAUGAUGCUGAAUUCAUAGGCUCUGCUUUUGAAAUGCAACUGUAAAUAGUCAGAAUCCUAUUUCUUUAGGGUUAUGUAAUUAGGAGUCUUAGUCCAAGAUUCUUUCCUCUAACCCUUGCAAACUUUGCUGCUUUAUGGUUAAUAGAUGAUCUUAAGAAUCAAGAAAUAUUUAUUGCUUUUAAAGAAUCCUAUAUUUAAAAGAUGUUCUGUUUUCAUGUAGUAGUGCGGGUCGUUCUGCCCUGGAUCACUGCAGACAGCAAGUGUGCCAUGGAACCCUGUCCAGUGAGAAUGGUUUCCCUUUGCUGGAAAAAGAAAAAAUCCAGGAUAUUUAUUUUCUGAGACAAACUUGAUUACUCUAAUAUAAUACUCUGUUUUGGGGACUGUGUUUCCAUAACAUUCAGCCAGGGCCCAUCUGUAUAAGAAAUGCACACAGCAGUGGAGUGGAGUGGCAGGGACUUAGCCAGAAGCUGUGUUCUGAGAGGCAUGGAUGAAUCUUCUCUUUUCUUCAGCCAUUCAGAAGGCAGCUUCUUCACAGAAGCACAUUUUGGGCGGGGAGGCUUAUGGUACUUUUUAAUCCGUUGGCUUUUGAUUACCUGAUAGUUUAUUUUUGUAAUGAGCUGGCUAUCAGCAAUGGGGGCGGCUGGCGGUGCCCUGGGGUCACCUUGGCUGUUGUGCAUCUUCGACUCACGUGAGGGAGGGAGGGAAACAGUGACACUAAGAAGCUUGGAUAGGGUUGGUCUCUUUGUGCUUCUCCCCCCUCCUCGCACCUGUAACUAGCRGGAGCAACUGCAAGACCCCUUUAGAGUCCGAAAACACUUUAUUUCCCUUCCCCCUGGGAGGGGUUGUGCGUCCUCUGUGCCGAGGAACCACCUGAGCCUCCUUAGGCGGUGGAGUCACGAGCCGCCUCCUUGCUGAAACGUGGCCUCUCCCACRAGCUGAAUUCCUGAUUAAAAGGAAUUUAAUCAGGAUUAAACACAAACGAUGGUAGGCUGGGGGAACCCCUCUGUGCUGCUCAGACCCCAAGGAACUGACAUGAGGAUACAGCUUGCUGUGAAGGCCCAGCUGUAGCAGGAUGCUCAGAGCCUUCCCUGCUCUCUUGCAGCCUGGUUGGUGGGAGGCUGUGCGUGCUCUACACCCAGCAAGAGCUUUUCUCAAGGAGCAAUAUCCACCAGACCCUUUCUAGCUCAGUCAACAAAUCCAGCUUUUCGGCACUGUUGUAUCCAGGUAGUCCUUACUCCUUGCAAAGAAGCACGGGCGUUCAGAAAGCCUUUGUAGACAAGCAGCUUGCAAGGGGGCUUUGGUUACGUGGCAUUUAACAAAUGCUUGAUCCUAGCAGCCAGAGCCCCCUCCUCGUACAGGGGCAGAGGAGAAGGGUCCAGGAACACCAGGAGCUGGUGGAUCCCCUGGCUUUCCUCUCGGCUCCGGAGCUGCUCUCUACACCRGAGCUGCUCUCACCUUUCCCGUGAGCGGCAGCUUGGGCCUGGGGACMGGCUGUGACCUGAGCUGCCAAGCAGCAGAGACCCAGGAAAGUGCUGGUUCACACGGUGCUCACGGGGAGGACUGGGAUGGGUUGAGCCUCACCUGGCCAGCGCUGCUGCUGUCCUGUUGGUACCRAGAAAAGCUGCGGGGUUGGUAGAGGGCGGGCUGGCCUCAUGGAGCCCCGCUGGAGACACACAKUCGUGCUCAGUUGUUGUAGUUCCUACUGUCACUGCAGCUCCCACAUGGCACAAGACAGAAUGUCAGUGUUGCAGUUCUGUCUUCCUGCUUCAAAGGCUACAAAUCUGUCCAUAGGAGCCGUGAGGGCUGAGCUGGAUGGGCACAGCAAUAAAGAACUUCUCUAGG